UCAUAAAAAAUAUUAUUUUAAAAUUAAAUUAUAUGGCUAACUAUAUAGAUUUUAAAAGCAUUUUUUAUUUGUAUUAGUUCCUCCAACAAUGAAUAAAAAUAAAAGUAAUGACAUAAUUCAAGAAAUGGAAGGUAAGACCGUUACUGUUGCCUGUCCUUUGGAAACUGCUAAUCCCAGUCCUGCUAUCAUGUGGCAGAAAGAUGGCUAUCCCAUCUCAUUAUCUAGUCAUCCUUUAAUCACCCUCUCUUCCAACCGAUCCACUCUAACCAUUCGUAGAAUUCGACCGAUCAAUGGUGGCAUUUAUAAAUGCCUAGCCAGUAACAUCGCUGGCCACUCUGAACAUGACACGAGAUUGGAGGUAAUUGUACCUCCAAUGAUAGUGAACACGAACAGCGAACAAAGAAAUCCAAAUAUAAUAAAGAAUCAACCUCUAACAUUGAAUUGUAAAACCGAUGGAAUUCCUCAUCCAAAAAUAAAAUGGUUUAGAAAUAACACGAUAAUCAAUUCAGAUGAUUAUUUGUUCAUUCACAAUGGUGAAACUUUAAGAAUUCUUCAGACCAAAGAAAAACAUGGCGGCUUAUAUGUAUGCAGAGCAGAAAAUAUCGGUGGAAGCAAAAAUAAAACUUUUAAUGUGACCGUUUUAGUUCCGCCUUACAUGAAUCCGUCUCCCGCUCGUUCUGAGAUUUCUCACUCUCUUUAUGAAAACAUUCGCUUAUCUUGCCCGGCAUUGGGAUUUCCAAAACCAUGGAUUAGUUGGUAUAAAGAUUCUCGCUUGCUUACAAAUGGAUCUCGUAUUGAAAUAUCACUUAAUCAAACAAAAUUAUUUAUAAAGAAUGCCACUUCACAAGAUGCAGGAAUUUAUACAUGUACGGCUGUAAAUGAAGCUGGUAGCAGUGAAAAAGAAUUAUUAUUAACUAUUUUAAUUCCGCCAAAGAUUACAGCAAUUGAAUUAGCUGACAAACAGCUUCCAAUACUACAUCAGUCUGUUCGCCUUGUGUGCAAAGUUGAAGGUUAUCCAAUACCAUUCGUAACGUGGUUUAAAAACGAAAAUAUACUAAAUUCUGAUCAUGUAAAAAGCUACUAUAUACAUGGUCAGGGACACAUUCUGGAAAUUGAAUCACUACAUUCCUUGGAUAAUGGACUCUACACCUGUUUUGCUGAAAGUAAUGCUGGCAUGGUCGAAGAGAAUUUUCUUUUAGAUAUUUUAGAUCCUCCUACUAUUGCAAAUAGUACUCAAACUAUCAGUGCUAAUCUUGGAGAUUCUGUAGAUAUCAAAUGUUUGGUGUCUGGCGAUCCGCUUCCCAAAGUAUCAUGGUUAAAAAAUGGGCACCCCAUAGAUAAUAUGACCGAAAUUGGCUUUACAGAAACCAAUACUGUCUUAAGAAUAAAUUCUGCUAAUAAAGAACAUCAUGCUAGAUACACUUGUAUUGCUACAAACCAAGUAGGUUCAGUGGAACAGGACUUUCAUUUGAAUAUCCAAAUUCAUCCUUUUUUUGAAAAUGGAGGUGAUGAACAAGUAUCCACUGCUGUCAAUCGACCUCUAAAAUUGAAUUGUCCAGCCAAAGGAGAACCGUUACCUUACAUAACUUGGUACAAAGAAGGUCACCCAAUAAUGGCAACCGAUAAUAUAUUUUUGAAUGGUAACUCUUUACAAAUUCAUCGUUCUUCACCUCAUCAUGAGGGAAUUUAUACGUGUAAAGCCAGAAAUGCAGCAGGAAGCAUCAAAAAAUAUUUUAAGGUGAUGAUUACAGUUCCUCCAACAAUUUUAAAUAAUGAGCAGACGACAUAUCUUUCUGUUUUAAUCAAUGAAUCUGCAGAAAUGACAUGUGUGGUCGAAGGAAUGCCAACUCCUAGUAUUAUGUGGAAAAAAGAUGGCCAAUUAAUCGAUAAAUCACAUUCUUAUGUAACAUUACACAAUGAUAAUACAAACUUAAGCAUUCCAAAUACCACCAUUGAACACGGUGGAACUUAUCAAUGUAUUGCUACCAACAUAAUGGGAAACAGUUCUAAGAAUUUUGCACUUUCAGUAUUAAAUCCUCCAACAAUUGAAAAGUCAAAAGAAGAAAUGAAGGCAAUACUAGGAGAAUCUACAAUGAUCGAAUGCAACUCAAAAGGAUUUCCCUCACCAGAAGUAACCUGGAUGAAAAAUGAUAAAAAGUUAGAAAGUAUAAGUACAUAUCAUUAUAUUAAUGAGAAAGGUUCACUACAUUUUUAUUCAUUGAAAGAAGACGACUCUUCAAAUUAUACUUGCAUUGCAUCAAAUGAAGCGGGUUCUGCUAAUUCAACCAUUUCUCUUUCUGUAUUAAUUCCUCCAGUAAUUGAAGAUAGCAGAAGUGAUGUGCAUGUUCUGAUUGGUCAUGCUUCCACUUUGGAGUGUAAAGUUAAAGGUUUUCCUCAUCCACAUGUUAUUUGGCUAAAGGGAACAAAAAUGCUACACAAAGAAUCUGAUUACACACAGUUGGAGUCAGGUUCACUAUUUAUUCCUGUAUCCAAUCCUAGUGAUAGUGGACAAUAUAUUUGCACUGCUGAAAACGAAGCAGGAGUCACACGAGUAACUAGAAAUCUUUAUGUCGAAUCACCUGCAAUUAUAAGGGAUGACUUUUUAGAAGAAGUUACAAUUAUACAAGGAAAAGAUUUAGAACUAGAAUGUCCUGCGGAAGGUUAUCCUGUACCAAGAAUAUUGUGGGAAAAAGAUUCAGAAUCCAUAAAUUUAUUGCAACCUAGAUAUCAUUUGCAAAAUUCAGGAAGUCUCCUUAUUACCACGAUUCAGUCUGAAGACGGUGGCACCUAUCAGUGCAUUGCAGAGAAUGGUGUCGGAAAAGAUGUCAAAAUAGUUAACGUUAUCGUUUAUGUACCAGCAGUUAUUCAACAAGACCAAGCAAUACCGACUAUUGAGGCUCCACAGGGAGGGAAUGUCGUAUUACCAUGCGACGUUUCUGGUUUUCCUCCACCUGAAAUUACUUGGCAGCAUAAUGGUCAACAUAUAAAUAAUGAUUUCCAUUCUGGAAUUCAUUCAGGAGAUCUUCAGUUGAACAAUUUGAAGCCAGAAGAUGGUGGACAGUAUGUUUGUACAGCCACAAAUGAUGCAGGUCAAGAUUUUUGGGAAGUUAAUGUUCAAGUUUUAAUUCCUCCAACCAUAACGGUUCUUCCUGAAAAUCAAAAUAUUUCUAUUGGUGCUCAAUUUACUCUUAACUGUGAAGCCAGAGGGUUUCCCACACCUACUGUUACUUGGUAUCAUAAUAAUGAAAAAAUUUCUGAAGAACAACAGAUAUCAGGAGGUAAAAGCUCUUUCACCAAGCUACAUGCCGAAAAUGAAGAUAGCGGCAUUUAUACUUGCAUUGCUCAAAAUUCUGUGGGAGAGAAGAAAGUUGAAGUUAGCGUCCACAUUCGAGUGGAUGGAAACUGGGCCCACUGGAAUGAAUGGUCACCUUGUUCUCGAUCAUGCGGAGCAGGUACGCGUAUCAGAAAAAGAAUGUGUGAUUCCCCUGCACCCAAUAAUGGAGGAAGAUACUGCUUAGGGUUGAGCCAACAGACAGAUUACUGCAAUAAUAAUCAUUGUCCUAUUCAUGGCGGAUGGUCCACUUGGUCGUCAUGGGGAGAAUGUUCGGCCACUUGUUCUGGUGGUCAGAGGAAGAGCUUUCGCACCUGUACCAACCCCACUCCCAGUCAAGGCGGUCGUCCAUGUGUGGGUCCAUCUUACAAAACUGAAUUUUGUAACGUCCAAAGUUGUUCUGAUUCUCCUAAUCAAGUAUUAGCCAACCUGAUUGGAGAACUGAAUGAGCUGGAUAUAUCAUUAUCGAAAAUUGAAGCAAACAUAACUAAAGAUGAAUCAAAAACAAAAUUUACUAUGGCCCUUUCAAAUAUACCAGAAAAUAUUGGUCAUUGGAUUAAAGUUAUAGUUCCAUUGGAACCUCUGUAUUGGGUUAAAGCUUUUGAAAUUGGACAGGCCAUGAAUGGAUACAGUUUAACAAAAGGAUUCUUUAGUAGCGACACAGAUAUAACAUUUCCUUCAGGUAAAUGUUAUUUAAUAGCAUUUUAAUUUUAUGUUAUCAGUGUAACAAAAUCAAACUUUUAAUGUAAAUCUAGUACCUAAAUGUAGAAAUUGUAUUUUAAAAGUUGGAACAUACAGUACUGUAUAAUUUAUUAUUGAUCAAAUUGUUUAUCAUUAAUUAUUACUUAAUAACACAUACAAUCAUAACUUUGGGAAUAGAUUCUCACUUGAAAACAAGUUAAAAAGUCAUGAGAAUAACUCGAAAAAGAAAAGAACUUAAAUGUUUUCUGAGAAAACAACAACAAAUCAAAUUACAUGAAUUUAAUAGUGGGAGGGAGUUGUAUAAUUCAACUCCCACUAAUCAUCUGCCCACAUACAAGAAUCUUGUGAUCUGACAACCAAAUAUUUUGUUGUUUGCUAAAUCCUUUUGUUUCCUUUGCUCAUCUAUCCCCAGAGGAAUACAAUUAAAGUUUUUGUCCUAAAAGGGCCCAAGCUGAAAAUUUGGAUAAAUAAGUCUGGAGUAGAAGCUCAAGUCUAUUAAAAAUAAGGAACAGAAUUAGAGAGAAUUUAACCAACAAAACCAGUAUGAAAGACAACAUUGUUAGAAGAAGAAAGAAAAAGACAAAUUAGCACAUAUCUAACACAAGAAGAGGAAGACAAUUUCAAAUUAGAUAAGUGGUAUUCAAUAAUCACCAUUAUUGUAAUUGUAGAGUGCUUAGCUGCAAUUACACAAAGAAGGAUUGGGAAGAACCUGCUCUCCAAGGAUAAAAAAUGAAUGUGAACCUUUACAUUCAACAUGUAAAAUUUAAACAUUUUUUUGUAUUAUAUACAAUAGUCGGCCAGUUUUGGACUGUUAACCGCCUGUGUGUUACAGAUAUUUGGCAGUCCCUAUCAAUGCUGAGCAUGAGUAAAUUCAUAAUCUAACCAAACCUAUGAGAGCCUACUGGUAUGUUUUAUGGCAGUCAUAUAAUUGAC